AAAGAGAAACAAUUUCUUUAGUUUUAAAGGCAAUAGAGGCAAUUUUUUCUCCAUUUUUACAGUCUUCUUCUUCUCCAAAUGGAUUCAACGCCCAUUGAUGAAGAUCUCGUGGAAGAGAGAGAAGAGCUCAUGGUGUCUUACAGUGAGAACAACAGUCAACCUAUAAUAAAAAAAGCUCACUUUUUAAAACCCUGUGUCACCUCCAUUGAAGGUAUGCUUCGUCCAGCUCCUUGUCCUGAGUUAAAAGCUUCGUCUUUGCGUGUGUAUUUUGUUGGGUGGAGGUUACCCAACAAAAAGUUUCAGUUUUGGGCGAAAAAAAUGGUUGCUUUACACAAACCCAUUUGGUUAAAAGCUGGGAUCUUUGAAGCGAUUCAGGCGUCGACUUACAAAAUCCACAAAAGCCCGUCUUUGAUUCUCUCUCUCGCUCAAAAUUGGUGUCCUGAAACCAAUACCUUCGUGUUCCCAUGGGGUGAAGCAACCAUAACCCUCGAGGAUGUAAAUGUGCUUCUGGGUUUUUCAGUCUCGGGUUUGUCUGUAUUUGCCGCUCUUGAAAGCUCAGGGAUGGAAGAAGCUAUUGGGAAACUGGAGAAACGAAGGAAGGAUAGUACGAGGGAGGCUUUAUGGAUUUCAAGUUUUGUUGAUGACGAGAUGGAGCAUGAAGCGUUCCUUGCCUUUUGGCUUUCUAAGUUUGUAUUUCCUGAUAAGUCUCGACGUCCGAUUCUGAAACAUGUUUUCCCCAUUGCUGUUCGUCUAGCCAGAGGUGAACGGAUUGCUCUUGCUCCUGCUGUCCUGGCAACCCUUUACAGGGAUUUGGGUAAACUCCGUGCUUUAGCCUCUUCUCCAAAAGUUUAUCUCACGUCUUCUCUGUUUAAGUUAGUCCAAGUUUGGAUAUGGGAGAGAUUCAAGAACAUACGACCAGAAGCUAAUGAGAUAAGAAAGGGUAAACCUAGAAUUUCUCAAUGGAGCGGUCUGAAACAGAGAUUUGAGAAUGUGGGGAUGAUUCUUUUUGAUGGUAAUUUUCAUUGGCGUCCAUACACUGUACCAUUGAAGAAUUGGAACCCACCUCGGGUUUAUCUUGAAGAUGACAAGUGGGUGAGGAUUAAUGAGAUUCUUGAUGGUGAAGAUGAUGAGUUUGUGUCGUUUGCUAGAUGUGUGAGAAUUUCUAAGCUUGUUGGGAUUGGUUUUGUAGAGAACUACUAUCCAAACCGAGUGGCGAUGCAAUUUGGAUUUGCCCAAGAUCUUCCUGUUUUGGCUACUAAUCAUAGCAGCAACCUCACAGAACAAGAAGCUUGGGAUGACUACAACAUAUCUCUUGUUGGUUUAAAGCUAUUCCUUCCUUCUCGCCUAGCCACAGCUUUGGUUACUGCAAGAUACCAAGACUGGUGGACAAAAUCUGUUUCAGAGAUGCCGAAAGAAUCUACCAAAACGUUCAAUGUAAGCAGUACAGUUGAUCAUUAUGAUGAUAGUGAUGAUAAUGUACGUCUUAAGGUAUUACCAUUGAGCCAAAUCUUUCAGAAGUUGGAUGAUAGAAUGAUGAAAACCAAACAUUCAACAAACAAGAGACGCAAGCGAGCUCGUGAGGACAAUGAGAGUGCUGAGACCGAAGAUGAUGAUGAAAUGACCAUUUCUGAGACCGAAGAUGAUGAUGAAAUGACCAUUUCUGAGACCGAAGAUGAUGAUGAAAUGACCAUUUCUGAAACCGAAGAUGAUGAUGAAAUGACCAUUGGUCAGAGGAUCAAAUCUAGGAAGAAGUGUAGUGAUGUAGAGAAUGCUGAAGGAGAUAGAAGUAAAUAUGAAGUGGAUAACAAUGUUUCAGGGUUUCCUCAAAAGAUUACUUACCGAGAUGAGACUGUAGCAACACAAGAAACAGACCAAACGAAUGAUGAAAAGAACUCCUCGAAUCCUUCUGAUGGAGGAGCUAAGAAGGAAGAAGAUUUUGUUAUUGAUGCUGUAAGAUUGAAGCAGAGAAAGCUUGCAACCAUUGCUCAGAGGAUCAAAUCUAGAAAUAAGCGUGUUGAUACAGAGAAUACUGAAGGAAAAAGAAGUAGACUUGGAGUGGGAAGUAAUGUUUCAGGCUUUCCUCAAAGGCUUAAUGAGACUGUAGCAACUCAAGAAACAGAGCAAAAGAGUGAAUCAGCAAGCAACGACACUUCAAAGUCUUCCAAUGGAGUAGCUGAUAAGGAAGAAGAUGAUGAGAGAUUGAAGCAGAGAAAGCUUGCAAUAGAGGAGUUAGCAUUGAAGAUGGAAGCUCGUAUUUUGAAGGUAGAGAACACAUUGGCCAAGAUUAAACAAUGGAAACUCAGAAAAAUUCACACCAAAACUCCAGUUUCUGCUUAAGAAGCUAUAUCGUCUCUUUAGGCAGCUUCUGCUUCUCUUAUCAGAGGAGCAGAGCUUUUAUGUGUUACAAGAAUGGCUUCUAAUGUCUAUGCAAAAAUGAUUUUUAUUAUUAUUCUCAUAAUUUAAUUAAAUAUUCGUA